GGUAAAUAACGUCAUCCGUACAGAGGGAUAAUAGUGUGCUAACGGUUUGUUGUGUCUUAAUUUAUUAUUCUGGCUGGACAAGUUUCAGACGUUACUAAGGUUGAAAAUGAAGAUUUUUAUUCAAGUUUUGCUUUUCGUUUUUAUUGCGCUUUCUACCUGUGAAGGGCUGAAAAGAAUCCCUUUGUAUCGAAUGAAAUCUGUUCGACGGCAUCUUCAAGAAGUAGGAACACCUGUGAAAUUAGCUAAACCCAACUUCCAUUUCAAAGGGAAUGGACCUUUUCCAGAACCAUUGUCAAACUAUCUUGAUGCCCAGUACUAUGGACCUAUUGGUAUAGGCACUCCUCUACAAAAUUUCAACGUUGUGUUUGAUACUGGCUCCUCCAACUUGUGGGUGCCAUCUAAGAAGUGCAAGUGGACAAACAUAGCAUGUUUGCUCCAUAACAAAUAUGACAGUACUAAAUCCAGUACCUACCAGAAAAAUGGAACAGAAUUUUCCAUUCAGUAUGGCUCUGGUAGUCUCUCUGGUUUUCUAAGCACAGAUGUGGUCACAGUGGACACUGUUGCAGUUAAAGCACAAACUUUUGCUGAAGCUGUCUCAGAACCAGGUCUAACUUUUGUUGCUGCCAAGUUUGAUGGAAUCUUGGGCUUGGCUUUCCCCACUAUUGCAGUUGAUGGGGUGACUCCAGUAUUUGACAGCAUGGUCAAACAAAAACUUUUAGAGAGAGAUGUUUUCUCUUUCUAUCUAAACAGAAACCCUGAUGCCAGUCCAGGUGGGGAGAUAAUCUUUGGAGGUUCAGACCCCAAGUACUACAAAGGCAACUUUACUUACGUUAAUGUGAGCAAGAGAGGUUACUGGCAGUUUAACAUGAAUUCAGUUGCAGUUAAUGGCAAGAAAGGAGUAUAUUGUAAUGGUGGUUGUCAAGCUAUUGCUGACACUGGAACUUCCUUAAUUGCUGGGCCUACAGAUGAAAUACAAAAACUUAACAAGGAAAUUGGAGCUACACCUUUAGCUAUGGGAGAGUACAUGGUGGACUGUAAACUCAUCCCUCAACUACCAACAGUUACCUUCACUAUUGGUGGUAAAGACUUUGCUCUUAAUGGUUCUGAUUAUGUCCUGAAGGUCAGCCAGUUAGGACAAACAGUCUGUUUAAGUGGUUUCUUAGGUCUUGACGUGCCUAAACCAAUGGGACCUCUGUGGAUUCUUGGUGAUGUUUUUAUUGGUCGCUACUACACAGAAUUUGACUAUGGAAAUGCUCGUGUUGGCUUUGCUGAGGCCGUAUAAAUGAAGCCUAGGAGGGUAAAGACUGUUGUAGCUUCAUAACAAGCUAACCUUCCUGUGAGGAAAGACUGUCUUUCAUUUAAAACACAUUUCCCAUGUCAGUGUUAAUAGUAAUGCCCUUGUUUUUUUUGAAUAAUUUUAUGAUUAUCUUUUAUUGCCACUUAGAGCAACUAGUUUGAUAUAAUUUCACAAAAACCUACUUGUAGAUGCAGUAUUAUGUACCUCACUAAAAAGAUGGUUAAUCUACAAUAAAGUAUGUUAUCUGCUACUUCGUA